CUACUCGUCAUCCGUCUCGCCUUUAGUUGUUCUCUCCGACUGCCGCCAUUUUCUUCAUACGUGCUUCAUGGUACACCAUGAGUGAUUAUUCAGCGGUUGCGCCGCCUCAAAAUUUUAAUCAAAGUUCAGCUUUUGCAGCUGCCCUCCAACGAGCAAGACAGAUUGCUGCGAAAAUCAAUCCUAAUAGCGCUUCCAGCACUGGAACUACUGAUUCGGCUAUUGGACAAAAACGACCUUUAGAAGAAAGCAGUGUUGACUUCGAGCCGGAUUCAAAGAAAGUGGCGACCUUGGCGAGUCCACCGUUAGCCGCUAGUGCGCCGUCGUCGGUUGGAGCAGGGGGGGUUGGGGGGCUGGCAGGGGGGGUGACAGCAGCCGUGGCGGCGCGAGUGGCAGCCGGCAUUCAGGGCCUGGCCGCAUUGGGCGGGCCCGUGUCCAGCGAGGAUAUCAAGGUGCCCGAUAAGAUGGUUGGACUUAUAAUUGGCCGUGGCGGCGAACAGAUCAGUCGACUGCAGUCAGAAUCUGGCUGCAAAAUACAAAUGGCUCCUGACAGCGGAGGCACCCCUGAACGCCUCUGCACGCUCACCGGAAACCCUCAGGCUAUCGGCCGGGCGAAGGAGUUAAUUGGCUCAAUCGUGGCUCAGCGCAGUCGGACUGAGGGUACAGGGGGAGCUCGCUUGGACGAGAUGGGCCUGGGAGGACUCGAUUCGUCCAUGGGAUCCAAUGGAGGAAAUAAUGGCGAUGGGCACUCGUCGGGUUCCGGGGGAAAUGCGCAUGUGGAGAUAAUGGUGCCCGGGCCGAAGGUCGGUCUGAUCAUUGGUAAAGGAGGAGAGACCAUAAAACAAUUGCAGGAAAAGUCCGGGGCAAAAAUGGUGGUUAUCCAAGAAGGACCAAAUCAAGAAACCGAAAAGCCUCUUAGGAUUAGCGGUGAUGUCUCGAAAGUAGAAGCUGCAAAGCAGCUAGUGUACGAACUAAUCGCUGAUAAAGAAGGGGGCUCUUUUGGCGGACGAAGUGGUCUGGGUGGGAAUAACCAGCGAAGUUUUAGGAGCGAAUUUGGAUCUCCAUUUGGUCAAUCUUCUUCCUCAGGUGGAGACGGUGACUCUGUUGAGAUUGCUGUUCCUCGAGCUGCAGUGGGCGUGGUAAUUGGAAAGGGUGGCGAUAUGAUCAAGAAAAUCCAGGGUGAAACCGGCGCCAGGGUGCAGUUCCAGCAAGGUCGCGAAGAUGACCCUGACGACAGACGGUGCUUCCUUUCCGGCAAACCAGACCAGGUUUCCGAGGCUCGUAGGAGAAUAGACGAGCUCAUCGAUAGUGUGCUAAGACGAGACAACGACAGAGGUCGCGGAGGUGGCCGUGGAGGGUUCGAGCGUAGUGGUGGUCGUGAUUUCAACGAUCGCGGAGGCCGUGGCGGUGGUUGGAACAACGACCGCGGUGAUAAGCAAGAAGCAACAUUCGUCGUUCCUGCUAAUAAAUGCGGUGUUAUCAUUGGACGCGGUGGUGAAACCAUAAAGCAGAUCAACCAGUCCACGGGUGCUCACUGUGAACUGGACAGAAGACCGCAAGCGAAUCCCGCCGAGAAGACUUUCCUGAUCCGUGGUCAACCUGAUCAGAUAGAAGCGGCGAAGAGGCUGAUCGCUGAGAAGCUUGGCGGCCCGGGUGGUGGCCUGAUGAGUGGUGGUCAGGGCCAGAACGGUGGAGGCCCUCCCUUCGGCGGUGCCGGCGGUCCCCCUGGUGGUGGCGCAUCUGGUGCUCCGCAUUUCGCUCCGCAGAGCUGGGGUAGUGGCGGGCCACAGGGAUUCCAGCAGCCGUGGGCUAAUCCCCAACAGCCGCAUCCUCAGGAUCCUAACAUGUUUGCGGCUGCUCAAAAUAAUCAAGUUCAGGUACCAGUCAAUCCACAAACUGGUCAGCCGGAUUACUCGGCUCAGUGGGCUGAAUACUAUCGAUCUGUGGGAAUGCAUCGUGAAGCAGAGCUUAUUGAACAGCAGGCUAAAGCAAGCAAGGGGAUGACGGCAGUAGCUGUAGCCGGGGGGCAAGGAGCGCCCCAACAGCAGCCAAGCCAACCGGCGCCGGCCGCCGCGCAGCCCGCACAAAACGGCCAACCUGACUACUCGGCGCAGUGGGCUGAGUACUACCGUUCAACCGGAAAAAUCAAAGAAGCCGAAUUCAUCGAGCAACAGAUGAAGACCAAGGCUCAGGCCGCAGUUGGUGGAGCAGUGACGGCAGCAACCAGCGGGCAGACUGGUGCCUCAGCACCCAAUCCGUACGCGCAGCCCCAACCUCAGCCCUACGGCUAUGGCGCCACUACGGCCGGAUUCUACCAAUCCACACCGCAAGCUCCCACUCAGCAGGCCACUCAGCCUCAGUAUCCCAGUUAUCCUGGCUAUGCCCAGCCUUACCAUCCUCAGGCUCAAGGCCAGGCAGCGCCUCCUGACGGCCAGUAGACUAACCAUCAUCCAGCCAUCUCACUCGUCUGUUCAUCAGAAGAUGCAAUCUAUUGUGAAGAUUUCUGUGUAGAAGAUGUUCAAAUUUAGCUAAGAGAAGAGACUACAGUGAAUGGCAGAAUGACGAAGUUGGCGUUUCCUGCCGUUUUCUCAGCGCUUCAUAAAUUCCACUUUUUUAUGAAUCCUAUUGUUGUAUUGAAUUAUCUACUAAACGUCAAAAAGUUGUGAGGCGUUAUGGUAAGAUGUAGUAUUGCAUUGUGACCCCAACGAUAUGUUACAUCAGUUCUUCCAUGGCCCUUUGUCAUGUGUGCGUGCAUGUAAUGAUUCUAUGCCAAUUAUAUAUUUUUUAUAAAUCUUACAAGUCGGUUAUCUCGGUUACCUCGUUGGCUAUUCAUUAUUACUCUCAAUAUUAUCUUUGCAUCCCUUCUCCCUUAUAGUAUAUAUAUAUAUACAUAUAUGUAUAUAUGUAUAUAGCAUCUUCUGAUAUAGGGCCACUAUUGAGUCUCCUUAACUAUAGUUUUUUAUUAGAUUUAGUAAAAAAAAUCGAAACUAUUGGAAAAGGUAAUCAUUAGUAUAAUGAUCCAAUCCAAUGUCUUGUAUUAAGAAAAUAGAAUUUUUAAGUAUCUUUCUUGGGUAGUUGAAGAAAACUGUUUUACAAAAUUUGAAGAAUUUAAUAGAAUAGAUUGUAUUUGAACUGAUUCAAAAGAAGGAAACAAAAAAAAACUCAACUCUUUUAAAAUCUAAAACAGAGAUGGGUAGUCUAUCUAUAUUCUAUAUUUUUUAUAUAACUCUUAUGGCCGUCUUUAAAUUAAGCCGAAAACCAUCUAGUGCAGGCACUAGGUGUUGUUUUGUAUUUCUAAGGACUUGAGUGAUAAAAAACUUCAUUAAUCAUCUUCAUACUGACCUCAUUAUCAUCUUCACUGGCUGCAUAGCUUGCCUUAAUAAUAUGUCGUUACUUUUCAAAGCAAUAUAGUAUCUAUAGCUGAUAAGACUAAUAUGUAGUGGAACUUAAAUGGAAGAAAUAUAAUUAAAAAUGGGUAUAGAGGAUAAAUUGGUGCAAAAUUACAAAGUAUAUUAUUGUAAAAUUAUCUCCAGAAUUUUCUAUGUCAAAUUUCCAAAACUAGUCUUUGAAAAUCGCCAUGGUGAAUUGCAAUUUAAAAUAGAGUUGAACUAAGAUAACCUAUUCAGCAUGUCUUAACCAGAUCUAAGUUUUGGUUUGUGAGACUGGGUUCAGUAAUCACAUUAAUGAUGCAAUUGUUUUUGCUUUCGUUAAUUUCAAUAUCCAAUUCUAUUUGAUAAUCUUGUUUCUUGGAAAUAUGUAAAUAUAGUUUUCCCCAUUGAAAAAUAUCGAUCCACAAUACAUUCACAUGUGAAAUAUUAUACUUUGAGACUGCAAAUGUUACAAUUCAUUCGUGUUAACUUAGCUAUAUUGUAAGUUUCUUGAACCAAUUGUUGUCCAGAAAAUUUACUCAGCAAUAUUUUCUGCCUUAUCGUAAUUAGAUUAUAACUGCUAUCUAUAUUGGAGUUUUAACAUUUCAUUAGAAUCUUCGCCUUGGAUAGAUUUCAUUUUAAUAUUAAUUUGUGGGUGGAUGAUUGAUCUCAUGAAAUGUUCUUUUAGGAACAUUAGGAAUUGUUACUCUGCUAAAAGGCAUGGUCUUAAUGUAGUCUUCUAAACAAGUUAGAUUUAGCAAUUGAUAUUUCGGUAUCAGUACAAACUUAGUCUUUUUAUUAACUAUUAAGGAUGACCAUAUAUAAUACUUUACAUGCACGCACACAUUUAUAUUACUCAUACACCCGAAGACACGCUCACUUCCUCUUAGAACCCCGCCGAUUGUUAUAGUUAAUUUUAUUAAGUUAGGGACUAAUGUUUUAACCUACAUGAUAUUCACUUUUUUCAGAACCUAAUUAAUAAUUUAUAGAAAUUCAACUUUCUUGAGCGUGUCGUAUUAUGCAUCCGCGCUGUAAAUAAUGAUUGAUAUUAAUAGUUGUUAACGUGCACUAAAUUCCGUAUUAUUAUGGAUGGUUAAACUUCUUCAUGCCUCUUAAAGUUUGCUCGAUGACAAGGACAAUUAUGUACUUUGAAAAUUUAAUUCUUUGCAUCCAAGUCCAUUAAUCUCUUAUUCUUUGUCUAUUGCAACUUUUUGUGAAAAUGAGACAUUCUACUGUAAUAAUUUGUAUGAUUAAUAUAAAACUAAUUUUAACUGAUUUAUUCGAUUACAACUGAGUUGUUAGCGUAACAAUUGACUAAUAUAAAUGUUUUUUUUUAUCAAUAAUGCUGACCACAUUGAUUGUGGGGUUUUUUGUAUUGGUUAAUUAUUCGUUACGCUUAUUUUUUCUGAAAAUAUUGUGUUUAUAAAUAAUAAUAUUGAUUACCCUUUGUACUUGUUUUCCAUUUCUUGUCUAAAUAUUAUUCUCCGAUUCAUCUACCCUUUUGUAAAUUAACUUGUAAUUCAGUCAUUGGGCAGGUUCUAAUCUCCAGUUGACCAAGUAUCCUGCCAGUAAGUGAGUAUUUUUAUGAUAUCUAGAAUUUUCUAAAUUUUUAGAUAUUCUAGAAUCACCUAGAUUGAGUUUCGUCUUAACAAAUUGGUUGCUGUUCAUUGUGUGAGUAAUUUUGUUUUGACUGUCACAUGAUAGGCUAGACAUUUGAGUAAUCAAAAUCUCGUGUUACUUUAGUGACUAGCAACCAAGUUUCUUUACUUGAUUUCCAGCUUAAAUCCAUUAAUAAAUUGCAUCCUUUCAAUCAGAACAUAUUUUAAAGUUUCUUACUGACUUUCAAUUCUUCAUUUCAAGACAAUUCACAUUGAAUUCUACUCUAGAUUAAUUCAAGAGUAAUUUCUGAAUUUGAAUAUCUCUGAAGACACAUUCUUAUCUGGUUAGUUGUUUCUAAUUUAGGAAUUUGUAAUAACUCGGCAUACUGUAUAUUUUUUCUUGCUGUUCAUUGUAAGAAAUUACCAACUAAAAUGUUACGCAGUUUGAUAUAAGAAUAUAAUUUUAUAUAUUGUAUAAAUUAUGAAAUGCACAUACCAAGUUCAAUAUUCUUGUCGAUAAAGAAUAUAUUUGACUAAUCUAAUGGAUUGUAUUGAAAAUGAAUAUUACAAGUAAUGUUCCAAGGAUUAAGAUAUGUAAAUAGGCAACAAAACCAGUUCAAUAAUUUUUACAUUCCAUGCAAAACAAUAUUGAUGAAAAUCUAUUAUUUGUGUUAGGAAAAUAUUAUUAAUAAUUGAGCAUCAUAGGUGAAUGUAUAGUGGGAAUUAUCUUAUAAACCUCCUGCUUGUGUUGAAAUACUAUGAUGAUUCAGAGCGUUGGCAUACAUAAUAAUGAUAAUAAAUAUUAUGAAAUUCAAUGAUGAUCACUGAUGUGAUGGUCAAGUUGAUUUCAGAUUUUCAUCGAGAAGAAAAGAACGAAAAGUUUUACAAAUAUCCAAAUGUAAGUACGUUCUAUGCAAUUUUUUUAAUUGGUGAGUGAAAACUUAUGGAACUGAAUGUUUAACAAAAAAUAAUGUCGUAAUUGCUAUAUCAUAUAUUUCUACAGGGGUAUUCAUUUACCACUCUUUACUAAUUGUUGGAACAAAUUCAUGAAAGUGAAUGGGUACCUAUAUUUUUAAAAGCUUGAUUUAAUUACGUAUGUCCGUAUGGUUGGCUAGAUUAUUAAGAUUAGUCCCAAUAGCAUUGAAGGAGUGAUUUUUAACUUUUCAGUUUGAAAAUAUGAACCUCAACGUUAGGUAGCACAGUUCAUUAGGUACUUAAUUCAUCAUGGAAUCAUUAAGCUUUCAUGCAAAUCAUAUUAGUAUGUUUUUAAUUCAGAGUGACUUCAUAACAACUAGCUUCCAUUAUUCUAUUACUUUCUUCACUAUUGUUGCUGAAGGCUACAAACUUUAUUUUUAGACAUAAUUUUGUAUCUAUUUGGAAAGUUACGAUAACUUUAUUUUAUCUUUUUAUUCAAAUGGUUUUGGGUUUUCAUCAAUUCAAAGAAAUGUAUGCUGUAAACUCAAGUUUGCUGCCUUGGAAAGCACUUCAUCAAUCGUUGAGAAAGUGAAGGAAAAUUGAAGCGAAACAUUAGCAUAUUCUGAAAGAAAUGGAACAUUUAUAAGAAAUGUUUUUAGUAAAUUUUUUAUUGAAAAGUAAAAUUUCUAGCAAUUUUCAAUGUUAACUGGAUUCUGUGAGUAAUUAGUUAUUUCAGCGAGAAUUAUUCACAUUCAUUUUCAGUAGGAUUCUAUCCAAAAUUUUCGCCAAGGAUUCCUCUUUGCCUUAGAUUGUUACUUGAUAAAAUGACUGAUACGUCACUUCACUUGUUAACAGUCCUGUCACCAACUGCUAGGUACCUUUGAGAUUAGUGCAUGUUAUCAUUCAAUCCAAUUUCAUCAUUGAAGGCAAUUUAAAUUCAUUGUUAUGUUUGCUUAACAUAAGGUAUCCCUAGUCAGGUUACUCAUCAUGCAGUGUCCAGUAUAUUUCAAUUAUAGAGAUGUAGAUAGGAAUUGCUUAAUUUUUUAUGUUUUCAACAAUGGUUACGUUGGGCCAGUACUACUACAUCAAAUAGCUUUUUCACAUUAAUGUGACGAAUUAAAACGAUCUUGACAUAAUCACAUUUACUGAGUGAAUGUAACCCCAAUAUCUUUAAUGUUAUGUCACUGCCGUUUUUAGAAGAUAAAUCUCGCUUUUCAUAAUAGGUUUGAUUGUAUAAAUUGAGUUUUAUGUUCUAAAAUUGUUCUCAAAUUUCUCUUUUACUUGAAUAAACGUGAAAAUUCAAUUUAAAAACUAGGUUUUUGGCUUCUCCGAUUGAUACUGUUUUCCCCCCUGGUUUUAAUUUUCAAACUUCUAUAAUAUUCAUAACUUUUAUUCUAAAAAACCAAUAUUCUUCUUCAUAAGUAUUGUAAAUGUGUACUUUUUGUAUGCUCUGCAUUACUCCGUGAAUAUUAUUAUUUUCUAUUGCUUUCAAUGUUCUCCUGAAUUUUCUGAAAUCAAUCCGUGUAAAAACUCGUCCCUAUGUGUAAAUCUUCGUAUUGUCGAUGUGUAUUAUAGCUUAUUCUGUAUUUGUGUGAUAUGGAUGUGUUGGUUGCUUCAUGUCAAUUUGGUGUCGGGACUAUAUUUGUUCAAUUUCUCCUAAUCAUUGUUAUUGGCUGCUCGUUUCAACGUUUAAUGCAUUAUGAUUAUUGUUUUGAUGGUUAUUCCUCAUUGAUUGCUCGUGCUGUUUUUAUUAUUUGUUAAAAUACUCUUCAUAAAAAUUGCCAAUGUUUAAUGUAAAGACAUACAUUAAUGUGUUUGAAGCUUCUCGUUCUAUUAUGUGUGAGUGUAUAUUUUUUUGCUGUUGUCAUUUCUUCGUCCAUAAAUUUCUCCUUUUCCUAUUUAUUCUGCUUUAUGUACUAGGGUUGAACACGUCCAAGUACUCGAGUGUCCUUCUUCUCAGGACCCCACUCCGAACCUGCUGGUUCGUGUAUGUUUCAUUUUUCAUAUUUACAAAUCUUUACAACUUUCAUUUCUGAGUGAUUUUUAUAAGUGUUGCCAAUUUUUCUCAACGAAUAAGAUGUACCAAUUUGGUGUUUAUUGGAAAUUAUUUUCCAUUAAAACCUCAAUCCUUGUGGAUUCUUUGUUUGAAUGCUCUUAAGUUUUUAAGUUUGCUAGGUUUAUUUUUGAACAGUGUUUUGGUGUUACCCUAUGGAAUGGAUGUUGACCUCAUAUUAGUUCAUAACAGUAGAACUUCCAUUAGCCGGAAUAGGUGAAUAUUUUUCCACAUAAGUGUUUCCAAAAAAAAACUUGACUUCACAUUCUUGUAUCUUUUACGUAUGCAUUUUAUUUUGAAUGAUUAGCUUGAUUGUAUAACAUUCAUUUAGCAUUGCUGUUCGAUUCUUUAUAUUUUCAAAACUUGCUUUUUUAUUUUCCGUUUUAUCAUUUCUUAUUCGGGUUAAUGGAGGUCUUACUGGAUCACUUUGAUGCUAUGUUUGAUACUUUAUAUAUUUAUUGAGAGUUAAAAAAUGGGAAAUCAUAUUUCCAGUUGUCUAAAUUCGGGUAUACGUCUCGUUAGAAUUCAGUUGCACUAUUCGUUGUAUUCAGUUAAGCUAUUGUGGGCGAUCCAUUCUGACUGACUUAAAUCAUGACAGACUUACUACUGUUAUUAAAAAUGAGCUUACCUAGUUUUGUUCAAAUUGAAUAAUAUUUUCCUCUCAUCCAGAGGGAUUGAACAAUUCAAAUUGCUUUGUUUUGAACUGUGUAUUUUAUGUUUACAUUCAAUUAUUAUUCAUUCUAUCACAAAUGAAUGGACAAGCUUCAACACAACUGAAUAACAAUACAUUAGGUACUGAAUUAGUUAUCCCGAGGGUCAUAUUCAUAUGAAAUGAACCAUACGGUUUAUGUUAGAUUUGGGUUUAAUGUUUUGGUUCACUCCAAAAAAGAAGCAUUUCUAGAUUUAUAUUGAGUUUAUAGUGACUUCAUGGUGUGCCUAAAAUGUGUGUUCUGAGAAUACAAUUUCAUUAUAUAAAUGUGAAAAAUCUUGAUGGAAAUAUGAAAUUUCCCGUCUUUUUGCUCUAAUUCUAUUUAUAUAAUAUUAUUUUCACAAAUGCACUCUAAAAUUCUAAUAAAACUCUCUCUGGCUGAACGAGAUACAUUAUUCCCUUAUUCUGUAAUUCAUAUUUAAAAUUUACAUAUAUAUUGAUAAACUUGAGGCUUCUGUUACAACUAACAUUCUAUUAAGAGCAAUUAAAAUAAACUUUACCGAUUAUAAUGAGAAAUAGCUUACUUCUGUACUGUAUCGGAGUUAACAUUGAAAUAUGAUAGUUCGAUUCGUGUUUUACAAAAUCAUACUGUAUAAGCUUACACCUAUACAGUGCGAAAAAUUACAGUAUAUAAUAUUAUCUUGGCCUCAACAUUAUAAUUUUCAUAUCAAUUUUGAUGUGAUUAUAACGAAAUGUGUCAAUGAAAUUCUUUGACUUUAUCUCAUAAUUUUUGCAACAGCCAGAUUGAGGGUUUUUCCAUUGCAUCCAUUUGAAAUAGAUUUAUAAAUCGCCGGCAUUUAUUUCUCGUAUGCUAUGUUACACUACAUGUUCUUGAAUUUACUUUCCAUAUGAUAUUGAUAAUUUAAUUAAUAAUUUAAGAGCUAGAAAUGAUGUAGAUUGUUAUAUUAUUGUUCACCAUCAAAGCUUGGUGGAAAUCAUACAGCUAAAUUAAACCAUUUAGCUACCGUAUUUCACCUUGAUUGUAUGGUAAUAAAUUCAACUAUUGAAAUUGAUCAGUUAAUAAUUUAUGCUUAAUAAUUUAUCAGAUGCUUCUAUUAUGACAGUUACACUGGUUUGCCACAUUUUUUAUUGUGUUCACUAAUUGUGUGCUCUGUACUGCUCAUUUACUACUGAUUUUUAAUAUUGAAGAAUCUUUAGAGCACAAUUUUCAACAUUUACUUGAUGCUGAUUUUGUUCAUAGAUAUUCUAGACAUACCAUAUUAUCAAUUACUCUUUAUUAUAUUGCCGAUUUUAUUGCUCUUUGACUGUUCAAUGAAUCAUAGUUAUUUGCUCUUUCAUCAGUAAAACCUUUUCCGUUGUUUUAAUCUUGAUUUUCAGUUACAACUAUUGAAAUGUUACCACAGUUUUUUAUUAUAAUUUUGCUGUGAUGUAUGUAAUGAUUCUGUACGUUUUGUAGCCUGUAGUAUGGGGAUUUAACUUGGAUGCAUGCUGUUCUCUAACCUGAUCUUCCUAAGAGUGAUUGUUGGUUGUGUGUGUGCAAGGAGCUCCUUAUUGAUGGGUGAGAAAAUCUAAAACAAAAUCUACACCUAAAUUUAUUUGCAUUUUCCUGUCUUUCCAAAUCAAUGAUUCAACAAAACUCAAGUGUUCAAAUAUCCAGUUCAAUAAUUAUUUGUUCAUUAUUUGAAUGUAAUUGAAAGAAAUCUAGCUAGGGAUGGAAAUAAAAGGCUUGUCAUUUUUAUUUGAUAUGGCAUUCUCUGGUGGGAUAUUUUUAACCUAUACUUUAGGAAAAACGAGUUUCUGAAAAUGGAUUGUUUUAUUCAUGAUGCAUAAGUAGAUAAAUUAUGCGGUUUGAAUACUCAAUCCUUAAGAUAGGGUUUGCUAUGGCUCGCAAAAGUAACCUUAUAAAAAAUCCCAUAUUAUUCUCUUACUAAGCUGGCAAGCAUAACAUGUUUCGUAAUCUGUAGCCUGCAUAUGAAUCUUUAGGAACAAAACUUAAUUCUAAAAUUGGAAUUAUUAUCAUUUUGAUCAUGGAUUAGAUUUUUCAUCAACUCUCAUUGAAAUAGUCAACAAUUAUUUAUAAUUUUUAAGCAUUCCAGUUGAAUAUGUUGGGUACCGAUAACCUUUUUAAAUGUAUCUGAAGCUAUAUAUUUUCAAUGCUAAAUAUUACUUUUAUAGUGCAUCCAAUCGUUCAAAGCUAUCUUAGGACAGAACUUUUGCUUCGGUAAACUUAUUCUUGUUUUUCUAUCAACUCUUAUUAAAUAGGUAAAUCGUAUAAGAUAUUUUUAUAAUUAUCGAACUUCUUAAAUGUUGAAUUGUAGUGUAUCAACUGAAUACAACACUAUUGUAGGGAUUGCAUUGAUCAUCUUGUUCAAAAGUUCCUCACACCCCUCGUGCAUUCCAUCUAACUUAACCUCGUUAAGAUAAAUGUUUUUUAUUUGAAUACUACUUAUAUGAUUAUAGUUUUCCAACAGAACCAUUUCAAAUUUUUGUGCAAUCAGUUUUCCCCUAGUUACCUUACUUAACAUUUCCAUAAACAUGUGGCCUGAACUCAUUUCUUUAAUAUUUUUGUGCUUGCUCGUGAAAUGUGAUGGCAAAUUCAUGUUUGGGAAGUUGCAUUAUUCUAAAAAAUAAGAAAUUUUUCAGAUCGUAUUCUGUUAGGAUUUUCUGUUUGGUUGCUGAGAGAUCAUCUAUGUCCAUGCAUCAGGCAGAUCACAACAGCUAGUAUGCUACGGUGUUGCCCUGUAGUUUGUGACAGGUGAUACAGUAUCUUUAAAUAAGUAACUAUAAGUUCGAAGUUACAGUUUCAUAUUGUUCGAUAAUUAUACACUGUAACAUUAUUUCCUCCAUAUUGUGUUCACUACUAUGUUUUUGUAUAAGUUCUUGUUGGGGUUAUAUAUCGCGUAUUUUCUAUUGCCAUUUAAUCUCCUAUUCUGUUGAUUGUGUACCAAGUUUUUAAUAAAACCUCUUAAAAAUUGCAA